AUGUCGGAAGCUAUGAUCUCAUGCGUGUAUGGCCAUUGCGUUAGUUACGAGAAGCAGGUUCUCAGGGCGCAGGAGCUGCAAAUCCAAGGCUUCACCGAGGAACAAAUAACAUAUAAGGUGUUCAAGAACAUAGAAUGUGAGGGUUCAAAAACGAUUCUGAUGAUUCUCAAGCCUGAGGACGGUGAUUUCUUGUCCGCCUUUGUCCAACGACACCGCCAAGAAUUCAACUUCACCCUUUGA